AUGGCCCCGAUAGACUUGAUCGCACAGGCAUAUAUCAACGCCUAUAGGCGCAUCGCUGAUCUGAAAGCACAGGGGGUUCCUAUAACGGGGAAGGUCAGGAGACUAAUCAACUCCGAGGCGAAGAGGGAGGUCAGGGGAGAAUGGGAGGCGAGACUUGCGUACCCUAGCUGCCCGGGCCAACGCACGGUUAGCGCUAUUCUCCCGCGCAUGGAGGCCUGGCUCGAGAGGACCUGGGCGAGGGCCUCGUAUAGAACGACGCAGGUGCUCACCGGGUAUGGGUGCUUCGGUGAGUACCUGUGUCGUAUAGGUCGUGAGCCGAAUCCGGCUUGUCAUCACUGUGAAGAGGAUCUCGAUACGGCGCAGCACACGCUGGACUCUUGUCCGGCGUGGGACGACCAGCGCCGGGUUCUGAGGGACCGAAUUGGCGCGGACCUGUCGCUCCCUGCUGUGGUGGGCGCAAUUGUGGAGCGGGAAGACACGUGGGAGGCGUUCGCCACAUUUUGUGAGAGGGUCAUGCGCGCUAAGGAGGACGACGAGCGCGUGAGAAGAGGAGAAGUGGAGCCUCCAGGCACACAAAAUAGGAGAGGCGGAGGAGCACGGCGCGGGCGCGGACGGCGCGGCAUAGCUGCCCAUCGGCGGCCGUGGUAG